AACAAAGUUCUCGCUAAUAUACCCAAACCACCUCCACCUCCCGUCAAGCUAACAAUUCCAAUAAGUAAUGCUACAACAAUGCAGCCUAGAUACAAUGCAUUGCCAACGCCUGCAACGCCAAAAUCAGGAGCAGAUUUAGCAAGGCUGCUUAACAUAAUUAAACAUGUACCCAAAGGGCCCAAUGACAAAGCAAGCAUCCAACGUAGAGAUAGGCUCCAACGUAAAGUCUCCCAUACCGCCCAGACAUUUCUUGCCAAAAAUGCCCUUCUUCGCGAUCAGAAUAGAUUCCUGACUAAAAUAAACAAUAAAAGUAAAACUCGCUAAGCAACAAAGUCAACAAUACUAGGGAAGGCAAGGGUGAUGACAUGGGAGGACCUUAAGGAGGCACGGAAAAAGCAUGUGAAGAAAGAGGCAAAGAAGGCUGCCAAGAAGGCCAGGGAAGCUACUACAGGCAAGAAACGUGGUCGACCGCAAAAGAAUAAGAUGAGAGAUACCCAAGAGCCAAAGGCUAAGGUAGCGUGGAUAAGUGAGAUAGAGGAAGGCGAAGUGGGUCCUUUGGAUCCAAAGGUUAUGCGAAGGAAUGACGCGCAGGCUAAAGAGGUUGAACUCAUGCCAAAGCCAUGGCGGGCCCAGUGGCGCGGAUGUAUUAAAUUAGAAUUGGAGUUAAGUUACUUAUUGAAAGAGGUUACAGGCAGCUAUGUGCGGUCAUCUGGUAUGUUCAUCUCCUUGUUGCCUCACACGAAAAACGCGAUUGCACAGCCACAAGCUCGUCACAUGUUCUAG